AUGGCCAUCACGAGUAGUAAACCGGAGUCGGUGCCGAAGCGCCCGAACAUUCUCUUCAUUCUCGCAGAUGACCUGGGGUUCUCAGAUAUUGGAUGCUAUGGCUCAGAGAUCCAGACGCCCAACAUUGACGAGAUGGCAAGUGGGGGCAUUCGCAUGCUCAAUCACCACGCCGCUUCCGCAUGCUCUCCCACCCGCGCGAUGCUCCUCAGCGGCACUGACGCUCAUCUAGGGGGUCUAGGGGCUGGAUAUGAAGGGUAUCUCAACGAUGAGGUGGCUGCUAUUCCGGAGAUCCUCCAAGAGAAUGGGUAUUUCACUCUGAUGUCGGGCAAGUGGCAUCUUGGCAUGCGAGCUUCUCAGGGGCCAUGGAAUCGGGGCUUCGAGAAGGCGUUCGCCAUGCUGCCGGGCUGCAGCAAUCACUACGGCUGGGAACCAGUACAGGAGAGAUUUCCCGUUGGGGGCCGACCUAUACACGCUGAGGCGGGUGUGAAGGUUGACAUUUCGCCGAAUAAAACGGAGGAUCCCGAGGGGUUCUAUUCGACCGAUUUCUACACCAACCGACUCCUCGAGUAUUUCCAAGGCCGAACAGAAGAAGACAAGGAAAAGCCAUUCUUCGCCUUUUUGCCGUAUACUGCCCCCCACUGGCCUUUGCAGUGUUCGAAGGAACAGCGUGACAAGUAUAAAGGAGUAUACGAUGAUGGCCCUCUGGCACUCCGGGAGCGUCGGCUACAAAAACUUGCCGAUCUUGGCAUCAUUGACAGAGAUGUUAUCCCACACAAGGUCGAGACAUCGACUAUGGGAAUUGGGGAGUGGGAUGAACUCAACCCAGAGGAGAAGAAGCUCUCGAGCCGAGCAAUGGAGACUUAUGCUGGGAUGGUUGACUCCAUCGACGUCAAUGUGGGUAGAGUGGUUGAGUAUCUGAAGAGGACUGGGGAAUAUGAUAAUACAUUCAUCGUUUUUAGGAGCGAUAAUGGGGCCGAGGGAGCUGCUCUGGGAGCUGUUCCUGUAAUGGGAGAGAAUAUCAAGCAAGCCAUUCACCAAUACUAUGAUAACUCGCUUGAGAACAUCGGAUCGUGGAAUUCGUACACGUGGCUCGGCCCGCUUUGGGCUCAAGCAUCAACUGCCCCGUCAAGAUUGUUCAAGUGCUAUCCAUCCCAAGGCGGCAUUCUGGUUCCCUGCAUCGUCAAACCGCAUCUCUAA